AAAAGUUGGGGGCGCUGGGAAACCUCUCUAAUAGCUAUUGAGACACACCCGCACGCUUGCAGCGUUGCCGCGGGUGAUGGUGAGACUGAUGCGGAGGUCGCACCGUAAUGGUGAGGAGCGAGAUCUGACUUUGGAUGCCGAACUAUUUUCUCUUUUCCCCCCCGCGGAAUCCGUUAUGCCAGACAUAACUAGUUAAUAAAAUAUUGUUAAAAUAUAAACUAGUUACGUCUGGUAUAACUGAGCAGUUAUCUCCCUCUAAUUAUUAGAAAUAAAUAAUAAUAGGAAACGAAAGUAUUUUUUUUUACUUCAAACAUCAUUUUGGAGACAUGUCUGUUACAGUUCAUACUGAUGUAGGUCCAGUUAAGAUUGAACUAUUCUGUGAACAAGUUCCUAAAGCUUGUGAGAAUUUUCUAGCCUUAUGCGCUCAAGACUACUACAAUGGCUGCAUAUUUCAUCGGAACAUUAAAGAUUUCAUGGUUCAAACUGGUGACCCAACUGGAACAGGCAAAGGUGGUACUAGUAUAUGGGGUGGAAAAUUUGAAGAUGAAUUCCGAGACAGUUUAAAGCACAACACACGAGGCAUAGUAUCCAUGGCUAGCAGUGGUCCAGACACCAAUGGCUCUCAAUGGUUUAUCACUUAUAAUAAGCAACCACAUUUGAACAUGAAAUACACAGUUUUUGGACGAGUUAUUGAUGGCUUCGAAACCUUGGACGAAAUGGAGAAAGUUCCUGUGAAUGAAAAGAAUUUUCGUCCUUUGAAUGAUUUAAAGAUAAUUAAUGUCACUAUUCAUGCCAACCCAUUAGCAACGUAACAUCAUUUCAUUGUAAAUAUAACAAUAAAGCCUUUAAUUUUGUAAAA